UCUGUCGUGGCCAGCUCGAGGGGAAAGCGCCACUUGACAGGAACACGGAAACGCAGUGAAUCAGCAGCCCAUAAUAGGAAGCCUGUAAUCACAAAACAACACAUAGCACACAGCAAUACCACCACCGCCUACCCGCAAUGAAGGCGCCUGAGCACUGUGACGGCAGCGGCGGGCCAAAGGACGAGGCGCGCGUGGCGGCGCUGGUCAAGCAGGGCCUUGCGAACCCGCCGGCGUGCCUCGAGGCCUGCACAGCGACCGUGAUGCGGCGGCUGCUGUCGUCGUCGUCAUCGACCGGCACUCAGUACUGCGGCUCCAUGACUGCAGAUAUCUGCGGCGCGCUGCAGACAUCCAUCCCCAAGAAGCAACUCUGGGAACUCUACUGGUGUGACUCUACCUACUGUGGAGUGAGUAUCGAUCGGCGCAAGGGACUUGGGCAAGAUCCCAUGGUUAGCAAGAUCAUCAACAGGUGUCAAGACAUCGGCUUCCACGAGGUAUUCGACCCCGGCCCGCCGUCUGCCGACUAUACCUGUCCAUUCUACGUCAACUUUGGAGUGAAGACGGUAGGUGAUGGGUGCACCGGCGUUGGCACGCUAAGCACGCCCCCAGAGCAGCCGCCAUCGCCACCAGAGUCCAUGUUUGGCGCCGCAGCAACGGGAUCCAGCACAGUAUCAAAGACAACAGCAGCACCGGAGUCCACACACGGCACGGCCGGCAGCACAUCAACGACGUCACCACCAGCCUUGGCACCAGCCGCCGAGAGCGCGGCAGGCCCCGACGUCGGCGGCGGCGGCGCGGAGCAGGGCCUUUCGGCGGGCGCCAAGUCGGCCAUCGCCGUCUGCUCGGCCGUGGCCAUCGUCGCGCUCGCGGCCUUGGCCUUCCUCCUGCUGCGGGUGCGGCGGCGCAACCGCCGGCGCAAGAGCAGCGGCAGCAGCAGCAGCAGUAGGGAGGAGGGCGACGGCGGCUCGUUCGUGGCCGGGCUGCGGAGCGCCCACCUGCGGCACAACCGCUACGCCAACGGCGGCAGCGCCGGCGGCGGCUCCGGCACCCAGCGCCUGGUGCCGUCGCACGCCAGCACCAGCACCGCCGCCAGCAACCUGCUGCACAGCCCGCUACCGCCGCCGCCGCCGCCACCGUCGUCGCCGCGGCUCUGGGACCGCAAGCUCAUCGCGCUGCCCGCCAUCUUCACGAGGAGGGCCGAGUCGCCGCCGCUGACGCCGCUGGGGCCGGCAUCCGAGAGCGGGCUGACGCUGUCGCCGCUGCGCGAUCGGGGCGCCGCCGAUGCGUACCACCACCAGCAGCAGAAGCAGUCCUGGCAGCACGCCGGCACCUUUUCGUUCCCGAGCUCGCCCAUCUGCACGCCCACCAUCAACAAGCUGGAGCCGCGCCACGAGCGCACGCCCAGCAGCAACAACAAGGCGCAGCAGCAGCAACGGUCGAUCCGCCUCUCCCUCCCCCUCCACCACCACCCCACUCGCCCGCACAGCGCGGCCAGCACUCGCCAGGCCACCCCAGCAGCAGGGGAGGCUCCAUCAGCUCCGUCACGGGCGGUGGCGGCGCGCCGUCGUCGCUCCGCAACGAGUUCAUCGCCACUGGUGGCGGCGGCGGCGGCGGCAGCAGUCGGCCCGGCACGCCCAGACACCCGCCGCCGCCGAUGCCGCCGCCGACGCUACCGCUACCAUCGCCGCCGCCGCUAA